AAUUUCUUUAUACAAGUUAGACAACACCUGACAGGCAAAGAAGAAGAAAAAUCGCAUCAGUCGCUUCAAAUCCCAGUAAACAUACAAAGAUCCAUUUCUGACCUGGCAAUCACACUCGCCAAACUAGAAACUGAACAUCCCAAUACAUAUCCGGAAAAUUGGCUCAAGGAGAUCCAAGGCAGCAUAAAA